CACACAGCUAAUAAAACAAGGAUUUAAAUGCAGAUCUGUUUCUGACUACAGCAUUCAGCUUUCAGCCAGAAUGAUAUACUGCCUCUCCUUGUUGACAUGGAGGCUUCUCCAGAGUUUGCCAUGAACCUGCCAUCCUAACCUUAACCCCUUUUUCUCAUUUACCAGACUGAUUUCUUUGGGUCUCAGUUUUGCCUUAUUUUUGUUCUGCCUUUGUUUGAGCCUUUCACUGGCCUGGGCAUGCCUGCUCUUGCUUUCUUCCUGUCCAGAUCUCACGCUUCCUCUGGGUUAGCUCCAUCCCCACCUUCCCUGUUGAGCAUGUUAUCCCCAACCCAUAGGCAGCAUGCCAUAGUUCUAUUCCUCAGAACUCCAGUCACAACUCUAAUUCAGUCACUUCUUUGACCCAUAUCCUCCUUGUUCUCUUGGUGACAUCUCUACUGUGUUGUCAUGAACUCUUCUCCUCAUAUUUAACUUAAUUUUUUCUCACUAAGUAAAUUAUAAGUUCUAAGAAGUGGUCGGGUUAGUAUUUCAGGAGCACCCACAUCUGUCUAACUCUACCAGAUAGUCUCACCUAUGCUCUCUUCUUAUCUGAAUAGCUGUGGAAGUAGUUAGGGUGCUCACCAUUUCACAGGUCAAGAUGCUGAGUCUUAGAAAGGUUGAGUAACUCACAUUUGCUGUUAUGCCAGAGUCAAGCCCAAGUCUGUCUAAAUCCAGAGCUACUUCUACUUCUGUGUUCAGCACCUCCCAGCCCUGUACCUAUAGCACAGGGUCAGCCAACAGGUAGCAGUUAGUUCCUUUUUUUUUUUUCUUCUUCUAACAAAACUGUACUUUUUGAGAAUUUCAGGGACUACUGUUGUCUGAUCUAAAACUAUACUGUCCAAUAUGGUAGCCACUAGCCUCCUGUAGCUGUUUAAAUUAUUAAAUAUUUGUACUUAACUACAUUUCACAUGUUCAGUAGCCACGUGUGACUAGUGGUUUCCAUGUUGGCAGAAAAUGUGAUCUGACAGAGGACUUUUGUGCCACUUCAGGGUGCCCCGGUAGCCUGGGAGAUAGUUUUGAUGCUGAAAAAUUGAGAUUUCUGAGACAUUUUGCCACUUUGUGGAAGACAUAGACAAAAUAUUCUGAAAUUGGCAGUGUCCCCAAGACAUCCAUACCAGUAAGGUAACUCAGAGCAGUGGUUCUCAAACUUGAGCAUGCAUGUGAAUUACUUGGAGGGCUUCUUAAAAGCAGAUUGCUAGACACUCCUCCAUAGUUUCUGUUUGAAGAGGUCUGAGGUGGGGCCUGAGGAUUUGCGUUUCUCACAGUUUCACAGGUAAUGCGGAUACUCCAGUCCAAGGACCAACACUUUGAGAACCACUGCUCAAGACUAGUACUUGAAAUGUGCUACAUUAUGCAUCAGUACCCCGGCUGUUCACAGAAAGCCUAUGAGCGAUAACAGGGUAACAUCCUUCAAAGACCUCAUUCAUGACCAAGACGAAGAGGAGGAGGAGGAGGAGGGCCAGAGGAGCAGGUUUUAUGCUGGAGGCUCAGAGAGAAGUGGACAACAGAUUGUUGGCCCUCCCAGGAAGAAAAGUCCCAACGAGCUGGUGGAUGAUCUAUUUAAAGGUGCCAAGGAACAUGGAGCUGUAGCUGUGGAGCGAGUGACCAAGAGCCCUGGAGAGACCAGUAAACAAAGACCAUUUGCUGGGGGUGGCUACCGCCUUGGGGCAGCACCAGAAGAAGAGUCUGCCUAUGUGGCAGGAGAAAGGAGGCGGCAUUCCGGUCAAGAUGUUCAUAUAGUGUUGAAGCUCUGGAAGAGUGGAUUCAGCCUGGACAAUGGUGAACUCAGAAGCUACCAAGACCCAUCUAAUGCCCAGUUUCUGGAGUCCAUCCGUAGAGGGGAGGUGCCAGCAGAGCUACGGAGGUUAGCUCAUGGUGGGCAGGUGAAUUUGGACAUGGAGGACCAUCGAGAUGAGGACUUUGUGAAGCCCAAAGGAGCCUUCAAAGCCUUCACUGGCGAGGGUCAGAAACUGGGCAGCACUGCACCUCAGGUAUUGAGUACCAGCUCUCCAGCCCAGCAAGCAGAAAACGAAGCCAAAGCCAGCUCUUCCAUCUCAAUCGACGAGUCACAGCCUACCACAAACAUCCAAAUACGGCUUGCCGACGGUGGGAGACUGGUGCAGAAAUUUAAUCACAGCCACAGGAUCAGUGACAUCCGACUCUUCAUCGUGGAUGCCCGGCCAGCCAUGGCUGCCACCAGCUUUGUCCUCAUGACCACCUUCCCGAACAAAGAGCUGGCUGAUGAGAACCAGACCCUUAAGGAAGCCAACCUGCUCAACGCCGUCAUUGUGCAGCGGUUAACAUAACCAUCCCGCCCUGCCGGCGGCCUCACCUUCCUCCUGUGUUUCCCAUGGCCAGCUGCCUGUGAGGACCGCCCCUCCUGCCCCCUCCUGAACACCCAGCAGUCCAGUGCCACGUCUCCUCCGUAGCUCUGGGUUCUUAGACCUUGGUUGGACAUUUGUUUUCUCCUUAGUUGCAUUUCCUGGGUUUUUGUGACGAUCAAUGGACUUUAAAGAAAAAAAUAAAAACAACCAAAAAAAUUGAAGGAA